AUGGAUGACCAGGAUAUGUGCCACACGAUACUUCCAGACAGACCAUCUUCAGCCAAGAAGAAAAACAGAGUUCCCAAAGCUCAGCAUGCCAUCACCGUGGCCGUGUCUUCACGAACCCUCUUCAACAUGAGCGAUGAAAGGGCGAUCUUCGAGGCAGAAGGCCUGGAGUGUUACGUGAAAUACCAGCAGGAUCACGAAAACGAGCCACUCAAGAAGGGACACGGGUUCCCUUUACUCAAGGCAAUGGAAGCCGUUAAUUCUCGACUACAUGAACUUUAUCCUGGCAGUGAAGAGUUGUUUGAUGUUGUUCUAAUGACCAAUAACCAUGCCCAAGUAGGAGUGAGGUUGAUAAACAGCAUCAAUCAUUACGGUUUGACAAUUGAAAGAUUCUGUAUGACAGGAGGAACAAAUCCUGUCAAUUAUUUAAAAGCAUAUCACACCAACCUGUACCUGUCAUCAGAUCCUUUAAAAGUUGCAAAAGCAUUAGGCGAAGGAGUUGCAGCAGCUUGUACGAAUCACCUAGACAAAGAUUCCAAUCUUUCAGAGCAACAACUCAGGGUGGCAUUUGAUGGAGAUUCUUUUGUGCACCAUGAAGACAAUGUUGAGAAAUAUGGGAGGAGUCAUGGAUUAGACAUGUCCUUUGAGUUAGACAAAUGUGAAUCAAAGCAGGAAUCUAAGCCAUCACAGGCCCCCCUCGUAGGAUUUUUGGAAGCUCUCGGCAAACUCCAGAAAAAGUUCUUUGCCAAAAAUGAACGUAUGGAUUGCCCAAUCCGAAUAUACUUGAUCAUGGCAAAAUGCGGUGCGACUAAUGGAGCAAAAGCUUUGAAGAUAAUUCGCGGCUGGGGCCUUGAGGUGGAUGAAGCCUUUGUUCUUUACGGUACACCAAAAUUACUGAUCAUAGAUAAAAUUCGCCCUCAUAUUUUCUUUGAUGACCAAGCACUUCAUUCAACAGUUCAGUCGGGACCCAUUACAACAUACAAGAAGCAUUAA